AUGCCAGAAGCCUUCCCUAGCUUCAAUUCCCAGCGCCAUGAAAGGCGCCCCGGCUCCCCGCCCCCCGCCCCCUCGCUCCGCACGGCUCUGCGCCGGAGCGCUGCCCCUCCACAGCCUGGGAGCUGCUGCACGGUGAGGACAAGGCGGACCCCUCCGCCCCGCACCCCAGGCCCAUUACCGGCCCCGCCGCGGCCGCCUCUCCCGUCACGGUCUCCGCCGCCCCCGCUGCCGCCUCAGCCCAGGUGCAAGGAGGGUGUGUGGGCCGGCGGGCCGGCCGGCCGGCAGGCGGCGGGGGACGGGCGGCUCUGCACUCGGGUACCCCGGGCAGCAAAGCCCAGAACCGCCCCGGCUCCGGCUAACAAUAGGCUCCGGCUGCAGCGCUCUGCCUCUUAUAGGCGCCGGCGCGUCGCGGCUGGGGCCCGGGGCAGCCUGGGAAAUGUAGUCUACACUCGGCCCACGCCCAAUGGCAUGCCGGGAGUCGGAGGCAGCCAGUGCCGCAAAGCCCUAGCAUGCCCGGGAACCAGCUGCAAAGGGAGCUUUCACAGGGGACCCCUGAGCAUCUACAGCGGACCUCUGGAGAAAGAGAGAGACCUCAGGGCAGCUGCAGCAUUUUGGAAGCGGAAGGCUGCCGACCUUCGGCUACACGUCGGCACUAACUAA